UAACUGAAUAUACAUAUGUACCUUUAUAAAGAUAACGAAAAUCGCACCCUGUACAAAACCCAGAAUCUCACAUAUUUGUCAUCUCUGAUUCUAAUAGUUUCCAGUAAUCUACGAUAUAGAUGUCCACUCGGCCAAAUGCGAUUAUAAUGCCGUCUCCCAUAGCCUUUUAGUCGGCUUUCGAGUCUCAAGCUGUAGAGUCCAAGCGAGCGGAAUAAGUAUGAGCGAAUCGCCUAUAAGUAGCUCUUCCUCGAGUCCAAAAAAGCGCACAAUCAGUGAAAAUAAUCCGGAAGAUUCAGCUGCGCCCUCUUCAAGCUCCCAAAGAGUUCCAUCCAAAGCGUCGUCCAAUAUUUUAGUCCUGAACUACGAUUGCUUAAAAAGAAUAUUCUCACUUCUGAGCUUAGACGAUCAGUUGAAUUUUUCGCGUUCCAAUCGCAAAAUACAACGCAUGUACCGGAACUACGCCCAAUGGAAGUACAAACACAUCAAUAACGACAUCACCUUGUACCUCGAGGAAUCUGAUCUGGAAUAUCUAUUGGAACAAGUCAACGAGGAUUUAAUCAGCUAUGAGUCAUAUGUGCAUGCCUCUUCCAGAGCCGAGGAGCAGUUGCGGUUACUAAGAAAGCACUGCCCUAUGCUGCGGCGCCUCAACAUGACUUUACGGCGACCCCAUUGGGAGGACUUGAUCCAAUUGAAGAAUUUACACACUCUUGAUGCCUCUUUAGAAUUUGGUAGCACUGAUGUCUACGAGAAGUUCUUCUCAAAUCUAUCAGAGAAUCUCCCGUGCCUGAGAAAGCUAGUCUUAGUAGCUCCCGACUACAAUGGGAAAGGACUCCACGUGCUGGAGAAACUACAGCAUUUAGAGAUAGAUGACUUUUCCUGUCUAGAUGCCACAUACCUGACCGAUUGCUGCAUCAAGAUGAAAAAUCUGCACUUUCUUAAAAUUGGAAGGUGGCCCAACAACCUGACCAACAAAAACCUCUCCGCGAUUGUCGCGAACUGCCGGAACUUGGAAACGCUUGAGUUCACCUGUAACGAACUCCUCAAUAAUGUGGAACUCGAAAGGGUUUGUGAUCUGCCCCGCCUGAAGCACUUACUAGUGGUACUUCAAAGACUUGAAAGGCCGGGUUUGAUCGAGGGACUUGUACGUAGGACUGGCACUCCUCUAGAGAGCCUUAUUGUAUUUGACUCGUAUUUGUGUAAGGAGCAUAUAGAGCAUAUCUGUAACAUUACUUCCCUUAGAGAACUAUGGGUAGCCAGCGAAGACGAUGAUUUCAAUGUGGAAGCCUUCAUGAAGCUGAAAUCUCUUGAAUACCUACAUCUGGAUAUGGACGGCAUUACUAAUAAGCAGUUGUUGGAACUGGUGCUUGGAUGCCCACGCCUACGGGUCUUGAAUGUGAUAUGGCGUUGCCCGAAUAUUAAUUCCGAUUUCAUUUCUUUACUAAAAAGUUCUUUGAAGAAGCUUAAGGAAAUCAAUCGUGAAAAAAUUUCAAUAUAUUUAAAUAGCUCUUCUGUGGAUUGGAAAGGAAACUCCAGGUUUAAACUCGACAACAUUCAAAUCAUAAAAGGCUCUCUAUGGGAAGCUCCUAUUUUACACAAAAGGAGUUCAAUAUUCCAAAUCAAUUAAUCCGACGCCGAUAGCUUUUAAUAUCAAUCAGGAUUACUUCAUUCAUACCUGCAGCCAGCCCAUCUCACAGUGAAAUAUUCAAGAAGUAUACACAAACAUUUAAUUACGCAUUAAACUCAUGGGUUUUUUUUUAAUACCAAGACCUUAGAAACCCCCAGACACAACCCGAAAGCAAGACACAAGCUCUUGGCAUAGAAAAUUCAAUUCAAUUCAAGGGACCGGGACCAGGCCAUGGCAGAAACGGAAACUUGAAAGGCAUAUUUAGACCAACUGCCGGCCGAGGAUGCAGGAUGAGGAGCUGGAGACCCUUGGAGAAAAGCAACAACCCAGAAACUAUAGCCCAACACAUUUCAAAAAUUAAAUAUCUUAAUAAUAAUGUUAGAAAAAUGCGCCAAAUAAAUAAUUUUUGUACCUAAA